GUCAAAAGUGUCAGUUUGACAACAAUAGUUGAUCAAAGUUUUUCAAUUUGUUUAUUUUUAAUAUUUAUCAUAAAAAUUGCCGAUUGCGCUUGUAACCGGCACCAGCAAGUGGAGUUCAACCAAGAAUCAAUGAAUAUGGAAUAAGGUUAAAUAGUAAAUGUUGAAUUUGUUUUCCUAAAAUGGAGUGUUAUGUGGUUAUCUCCUUUAUUGGCGAAGGAUCCUUUGGUCGUGUGUUUAAAGCAAAACAUAAAGAAACGGACGCUAUUGUAGCUCUAAAAGUUAUAAGAAAGAAAGGCAGAUCAGUGAAAGAUUUGAAAAAUCUAAGACAAGAAUGUGACAUUCAAAGGCAGCUGAAACAUCCAAAUAUAAUUCGGAUGAUAGACAGCUUUGACACAGAGUCAGAGCUGGUGGUAGUCACAGAGUAUGCAGAGAAGGAAUUACACAGCAUCCUCGCUAAAGAAGGUUGCUUGAAUGAGGAUCAAGUCAAGAAAAUUACUUGGGAUUUAGUCUCGGCUCUGUAUUAUCUGCAUUCUCAUAGGGUACUACACAGGGAUUUAAAACCACAGAAUGUGUUACUCGAUAGUUCGGGAAGAGCCAAGCUCUGUGACUUUGGUCUUGCCAGGAUCAUGACAAAUGCCACACAUAUUCUGACCUCUAUCAAAGGUACACCUUUGUAUAUGGCACCAGAAUUAAUUGAGGAGAAGCCCUAUGAUCAUCAGGCAGACUUGUGGUCCCUCGGAUGCAUAGUAUAUGAGUUGAUAGCAGGCCAGCCUCCCUUCUGUACCAUGUCAAUAUGGCAGCUUGUAAGGAUGAUCAGACACAAGCCCGUGCAGUGGCCCAGUUUCAUCAGCUCAGAUGCUAGGUCAUUUUUACAGGGUUUAUUGCACAAAGAUCCAAUGAAAAGGAUGACUUGGCCAGAAAUUUUGGAGCAUCCAUUUGUGUUUGGGCAUGUCACCAUUCUCCCGGAAGAUGUACAAAGUGAAUCUCCUUUUACGAAACCUUUGUCUUACAGUCAGCAAGAAGCUAAGCAGCUACAAAGGGAAAAAGUUUGUAGUAAUACAAGAACAAUACCUGAACCAAAACCGACCACGAAAGAGCAUGACUUACGUAAUGUACGAGUAAUGCAGGCAAUGGAGUGUGUUCCAAUGUCGGAUGACGAUAGUGUCAGAGCGACGAGUGCAUUCAGUGUACGAGAUAGUCUAAAGACUGAUGACGAGGACCAAUCCCAUCCCAUAACAGCAGCUAACGCGAAACUUCUAAGACAUGAGUACAAUGUCCUAAACAACUCUAACCUAGUAGUAUGCAACCUAGAAAACAAUAUGGCGCAACUCAUGGCAGCUAACAAAAAACAGUCAGAUCUCAAUAAAAUGGACAAAAUAGAUGAAGAAAAAACGAAUACAGAGAAACAUGCAGAAGAAAAGAAGGCCAUCAGUGCCAGUGAUGGUAAACAGGAUCUACUAGAUGUGAAGCAAAAAGUUAAAUCUAUAGACACAGCAUCACAGAGCUUGGAACAUCCCAAAAGUUCGACAAAAUGCAGUAGUGAAGUCAGCUCGGGGCUCAGCAAAAGUGUCCCACCAUCUUACAAACAGAAAAUACUACAAUUUUCUCGUGACAAACUCAGAUUUGGUAGUGGAGGGAACAAAUUGACACGAAGUAUCAAAAGAUCUUUCCAUUUUAGUAGAAGUUGGGAUAAAAAUAAAACUGAUACGCAAAGACGGACCAGUGAACCGACUAUUGAGGUUUCGAGUCUCAUAGAUGAUAAGGAAAAAUGUUCUAAAGAAGAGAGAGAUCAGGAUAUUGAAAAAUCUGAGAUUAUUGAAGAGAUAUCUGACGAAAAAGAGGUUGCUGAUAAUGAUAGAAUACUUAAAACUGAGGACAAGAGUGAUGUCAAAGAGCCAUCCUCAAUUGAAUUGGAAGAAUGGGAAGCAUUUCUCAAUUCGAACAUCAGUGAAGUAAUGGAUGGUGAUGUAGAAUCUCUCACUCAACUAAACAUGGUUAGCAUGGUGAUAGGCGUAGUAGGUAGUGCGGCGCGAGCGAGUGACGGAGGGCGAGUGUGUGGCGCAGUGGCAGCUCUACUGGCACUACCUGCGCUGGCGCAUACUUUGCCCAGGCACACCCUGCUCAAUAUACAGGAUGUAUACCUCGAAGCUAAAGUUGUGUAUAACUUUGUAGCUGCGAUUAAUUCGCUCAUGAAAGACAGAAUAUUCAACGACGAUGGAGCGCAAGAUAGGUUACAAGGCGUGGGUCGCAUGCUGGAAGUAUGUGCGUGGCUGUGCGUGCGCUCGUGUCGCGGCGUCAGACAGUUCGCCACCGCACUCACUGCUUACAACGCCCAUCCCGUCUUUACCGGACUUUUGAUGCACUAUUCCAAGUCACCCCGUAUAGUUUUGAACAUAGUGGGUCUCCUUAUAACGGUGCUGCAAGAUCUCCCGGAACACGCAGACGUGGUCGAAAAGAUACUUUUCGAUGAAGAAAAAUUCAAUUUCAUAAGUUUAGUGGAACAACCGAGUGACGCCUUGAGAAUGAGAGUGUGUAUACUAAUCAGUUUGCUCUGCACAUUCUCCUGUACCGCGUUUUCGGUUGCCAUGGAAACGAAGUGGAGUAAGAAAGAGACUGAAUCUAUUGAGGCUUUACACACUCAUUGUAACGUGGCUCUGAAUAGAGCGGCCCGAUUGGCCACAAAAGAGCUUAGCAAUAUGCCUUUUUAUGUCAGCUAGUGAUAAAGUUUAGUUUUGCUAAGCAACAAAAUCGGAUCAAUUUAAACUAAAGAUAGGAGUUUUUUGUUAAUAAACUUUUAUACAUUAUAUUUGAACAGGUUGUAGCUACUAUGAUGCAGCUAAAGCAAGUUAUAAAUCAAUUAGCUUCUUCUUUCCAGCGGCUUCACCCGCGUUCCCGUGAGAUAAGCAGCUUAUAUGUUAUUGUAGACCAUUGUACAUCAAUCCGUUUUCCAAAUAUCGUCCUGAUCUCUUCAGCCGUUUUGGCGUGGUUGAGUAAAAAUAUACACACCGACUCACAGACUUUCUCAUUAUAUAUUAGUAACAUAAAUAAGAACACAAUCUCAAUACUUAGGUAAGUAAUUUUAAUAUUAACAUUUAUUUGUACUUAAUUCAUGUAGAUAUUUUAAUAAUUAUCGAUCUUUUUUACAAUUCAGAAUUUUCGUCCUAUAGUUUGUUGACAUAGAGUAGAUAAUUAAUUAUAUACCUACCUAGCACUAAUGUGGGCCUAGGUAAUUUUUAUACCUAAACUUUUAGCUAUUUUAUAAAAUAACUAGCUGACCCGGCAAACGUUGUUUUGCCUUAUAAAUUAUUUCUAGUUCUAGUGAACAACCCUUAUCACUUAGGGGUAUGGAAAAUAGAUAGUAACCGAUUCUCAGACCUACUGAAUACGCAUAUAAAAUUUGGUAAAAAUCUGUAAAGCCGUUUCGGAGGAGUACGGUAACUAACAUUGUGACAUGGAAAUUUUAUAUAUUAGAUUAAAUACUCGUUACAAAAUUGCUUUAAAUAUUGUGUGAAAAAUUUAAAAUAUAGUAAUUAUUAGCUUUGGAAAAGAUGUUAGUGAAUAAACGAGUAAUAUUGACUACAGACUGAAUGUGAAAGAAUUUCUAUGUGUGGAUGGAUACUAAGUAUCACUCAACUCGCUUAUGGAGACCAAAAUAAAUAGUAUGGACAAGGUUUGACACAAAGAAAUAUUACUGCCAAAUGGUGAUUUUAAUAAAAUAUAGGACUAUAGCUGUAUAUUAUUGAUAUCUUUAAUAUUUUAUUUCAUCUCAUAGUUAAGACGAAAAAAUGGUAAUAUUAUGUAGGUACGUAAACACAUUUUUUCCGAAUCUGCUCAGAUUUUUACAAGGUUUUAGUGCCAUAAUUAAAUAUAAUUAAGUUUCUGAUAUAUUACAUGGAAUUUUUGUAUUAUAGGACUCAGAUAAGAAAUGGUUAGUCUUCGCUUAAACGGUUCAAUUUCUUGUUACAUUAUAUUAAUGUAUUCUAUUUAUAUAUGUGUACAAAUGAAACAUUAUUUUUCUUCAAAUAUAGAUUCAUGGAAAUGUUAUGUUUAUUUUAUGUAUGUACCUAUAAACUCAAAAAAUAUUUUCUCAUAUAGAUAUUAUUAUCUGUUUAAAUAAACUGUUUUAUUAUAAAAUCUUUAAACUAAUUAGUGUAAGAUUUUUUUACUUAAAGAUCUAUUAUAGUGUAAUUCAAUGUAAUCUCAAUUUUAUUCUAAAUGUAAAAGCAAUAAACUAUACAACGAUGUAAACACAAUAAAAGUAAAUAAAAAUAUUAAUUAUAAUAA